AUGAAUAACCAAAGUUCACAUUCAAUUUUAUAUGAAAAAAGAAAAGUAAUUUCUUGUAUUAUAGCUAUUGUUAUUUGUAUUGCUGUUACUCUUACUUUUAUUUCAGUUAUUAUUAGUCCAACAAAACAAAUAUCAAUUCCUUUAAAAUCUUUUCAACCAACAGACAAAGCUGAGGUCACAUUAAAAAUUAAUGGUUUAGUUCCAUUUCAUUCAUUCUUAGAUCUUUAUAUUAUUCCAAGUAUUUUAAAUAUUACAUUAGAACCUAUUCAUGUUGAUAGUUCUGUUCAUUUUCUGGAUAAUACAAUUUUUAUGGAAAAAAGAAAUGAUUUUAAUAUUAAAUGUAUUAAUGAUAUAUGUGAGAAAAUAUUAGUAGCUUCUAUAACUCCAAUUCGUGAAAAAGAUUUUAUUAUUAAAGGAAUAGGAGUUGGAGUUGGUCAGUUUUGUUGUAUGAUUUCUUUAUUAAUGUACAACGGUUCAGGUAAUAUCAAAAAUUGUACAAAGCUUGAUCAACCUACUGAGGCAUAUGUUUUGAUUUCUGCAUUAUCAUUUACUAAUGUCCUUUAUAUUAUCUUAUGUGGAUAUCAUAGUUAUUGUAUUCUUCGUAAUAAUCAUAGUUUCAAACAAUUUAUUGUUCAUUUAUUAUUCAGUAUUCCUGUUGGAAUUAUUCUUGUAUUCACAACAUAUAAUUAUUAUUAUUUUUCUCUUGUUCCACCUGUCUCAUUUAAAUUGGCUACUACACUUUCUUCAGAAAUACUUCUUAUUGGAUUUUAUGCUUUGAACUUUGGAACUUACUCUCUAAAUAAUGUUGAAUACAAAUUAGUAAAUUCUGAAAUUCCUAUUGAAGAUAAUGAUUCAAAUUCUCAUUCAAGAAAGUCUUUUGAUCUUUCUUCAAGGCCAUUAGUUUCUGCUAAUUUAAAAGAACCAAACACCUUCCUUCAAUCAAAUUCAGUUCCAAAAAGCAAUAUUUCAAAAGAAGAAUUACAAACAAAUUUCGUUGGUGAUGAAGAAAUUAUUCUUUAA